AUGUCUCUUUCGGUCCUCUCAUCUGGCAGUACCCGUCAGCUUUCUUCAUAUAGUGUUGGCGGUGGUGGAGGAGGAUCUGUCAGGUUAUCUAGUGGUCUAGGAUUUAGUGGUGGUUCCAAAUUUGCUGGAGGUUACAGUGGAGCUGGUUACGGUGGAGGAAGCCUUAUUGGGGGAUAUGGAGGUGGCCUGGCCAGUGGUCUAGGGGGCGGCUCUGGUGGUGCAGGGUUUACCAGCAGCAGCUUUGCUGGUGGAUUUGGCAGUGGCUUGGGUGGAGGCUAUGGUGGUAGCUUGGGUGGGGGGGUUGCCAGUAGUGGCUUUGCUGGUGGGUUUGGCAGUGGCUUGGGUGGGGGCUAUGGUGGUGGUUUGGGUGGGGGAGAUGGUGGCCUUCUUUCCGGCGAUGAGAAGCAAACGAUGCAAAAUCUCAAUGACCGCCUUGCUAACUAUCUGGGCAAAGUGCAUGCUCUUGAAGAGGCUAAUGGAGAGCUUGAACUCAAAAUCAAAGAAUGGUAUGCAAAGUACAGCAUUCCUGACACCAGCCGAGACUACAGCAAAUAUUUCAAAAUCAUUGAAGAGCUGAGGAACAAAAUACAUAAACACACGGUUGAGAAUGCUGCGAUCAUUUUGCAGAUCGACAACGCUCGACUAGCUGCUGAUGAUUUCAAACUCAAGUAUGAAAAUGAACUGUUCCUGCAUCAGAGUGUCAUGAAUGACAUCAAUGGUCUGAAGAAAGUCGUGGAUGACUUGACUAUGCAUAGAUCUGACCUGGAGUUGCAGAUUGAAAGCUUAAAUGAGGAGCUUGCCUACCUCAAGAAGAACCAUGAGGAGGAACUGAAGAGCUUCCGAGGAGCAUCCAGUGGUGAUGUUACUGUGGAAAUGGAUGCUGCUCCAGGAAUUGACCUGACUAAAUUACUGAAUGAGAUGAGAGGCCAGUAUGAGGGACUUGCAGAAAAGAAUCGUAGAGAGGCAGAAGAGCAAUUCAACAAACAGGUUGGGGCUCUGAGGCAAGAGAUCUCUUCCAACGUGGAUCAAUUAAGCUCAAGCAAGAGUGAAAUUACUGAGCUGAGGCGCACUCUGCAAGGCCUAGAGCUUGACCUUCAGGCCCAACUUGCUAUGAAACAAUCACUUGAAGGCACUUUGGCAGAUACAGAGCGGCGUUACUGUGAUCAGCUCGGCCAAAUACAGGGACAAAUAAGUGGUUUAGAGGAACAGCUUCUGCAGCUCCGGUCUGAAAUGGAGACCCAGAAUUCAGAGUAUGAGCAUCUUUUAGGGAUCAAGACGCGUCUGGAGCAGGAGAUUGAGACUUACCGACGGCUACUGGAUGGAGAAGGAGGCUUUGGAUCUGGAUUCUCUUAUGGGACUACAACAUACAGUUCUACAGGUUCCGGAAGCUCUGGCAAAGACUCGACAAAAACCAGGAAGGUUAAGACAAUUGUGGAAGAAUAUGUUGAUGGCAAAGUUGUUUCAUCUCAAAUCAAAUCAGUUCAUGAGAAUCCCGCUAAUUAAACACCAGAAAACAGCAUCUUUUCCUUCAACACACACUCCAGCAGAAAAGCAAGAAAAGACACCUUCAAGACGUAUGCUUGGAAAUGAUUUAAGCCAGUUUUUCCUAGAGUGUCUUGCUUUUACUUACUUUUCUUUAAGCAAAUCUCCAAAGUAUAU